CUCAGUCGAACCCUCAACAAUGACGGACCACCACUUCAUGUCGACGCGCGUGCCCACCAAGCCGGUCAGCAACGCGGUGCACGCCGGCUACGACGGCGCCGCGAAGCGCGAGGACGGCAUCCCGCUCUACGGCAUGGACAAAGAGCUCGCCGACAAGGCGGCGGCCAAGUUUGACCCGAAGAUGGAGCGCGAGGCGCGGGAGUGGAUCGAGGCGGUGACGGGCGAGGCGCUCGAGGGCACGCUCCAGGAGGCGCUCAAGUCGGGCGUCGUCCUCUGCGCCCUCGUCAACGCGCUCAAGCCCGGCGUCUGCAAGAAGCCGUCGACAAUGAAGAUGGCGUUCCAGCAGAUGGAGAACAUCGCCAAGUACCUCGAGGCGUGCAGCGCGCUGGGCGUCCCGAAGCACGACCUCUUCCAGACCGUCUCGCUCUACGAGAACCAGGACAUGAUGGCCGUCAUCACAAACAUCCACUCGCUCGGCCGCGUCAGCGGCAAGGUGCCCGGCUACGGCGGCCCGACCCUCGGGGCGAAGCUUGCGGACAAGUCGGUGCGGCACUUUGACGAGGAGACGCUGCGCAAGGGCCGGGCGGAGCAGACCUUCCUCGGCAAGGGAUCGCACGGCAACGCCUCGCAGGCCGGCACCGUCGACACCAGCCGCAACAUCGGCAAGAUGGACAAGGUCCGCGGCAUCGACGGCCUGGGGACCGACGCCAGCGUGACGGCAGUGGGGAUGGGCUCGCACGGGCACGCGUCGCAGGCGGGCACCUUCGACACCAGCCGCAACAUCGGCAAGGUGGACCACGUGAAGGGCAUCGGCGGCCUGGGGACCGACGCCAGCGUGACGGCGGUGGGGAUGGGCUCGCACGGCCACGCCUCGCAGGCGGGCACCUUCGACACGUCGAAGAACAUCAGCAAGGUCGACCACGUGAAGGGCAUCGACGGGCUCGGCGGCGACGGCACCACGACCGCGGUCGGCAUGGGCUCGCACGGGCACGCCUCGCAGGCGGGCACGUUUGACACGUCGAAGAACAUCGACCGGACGACCAACAUCAAGGGCAUCGACGGGCUCGGCACGGACGGCAUCUCGCAGAUCAACCUGGGCUCGCACGGCCACGCGACGCAGGAGGGGAUGGGCAAGAUGCACGGCACGCGCGAGAUUGUGCACCAGACCGUUGGCGGCGCGGUGGCAGCGGCGUGAGGAGCGGCGCAGUUGAGAGAGGCUGCCGCUCGGUUGUUGAUAGUUAUUGCGGUACACGGACGGCCGGUUGAGUUCAGAGCUGCUGGUACGCGUGUUGGAGUGCCUAUUUAUCCUACGUCCCAGUACUGUACCUGUACGUAUAAGAUGCCUGCAUACAACCUA